GGACAAGUGAGGCCAGGUCUUCUUCAUCACUCGCUACCCAUCCGGGCGGGAUUUGUUUUCCCGCGGAAUUCGUGCGAUUCGAACUUCUAAGCUUGUGAAAUAGAAACGGGAGAGAAAGCCAUAAAGAAAUGGAUCUAAGAGAAGCAGGCGCUUCGCUUGACAAGCUCGUAUUCUUGUUUAACGCUCGCAUUAUGGAGCUCCAGGAACUCGUCUUGGCACGCAACAUGCCUUGCACCAGCAUCCCCGAUCUCACUGCUAUGGACACAACCCUAACCGCGAUGGAGUCUCAGAUUGAAGCAAUCAAGAACCGAUUACAAGAGGAAAGAAGUGCAAUUCCCAAAGCCAAGAAACUCAUCCAGCUAUCUCUGCACCAGCAAAAGAAGCUGCAUCAUAUGCUCGCGAAUAUGCCAUCUGGAAUGCGUGAAAACGUUGAGUUGUCUGAUUCAACCACGAAUGCUAGUUUUAAUCUGAGCUCGAUCAAUCAGAAUAUCCUUUCCGAAGCUUCUACAUCUAAAGAGGAGAUUGUUCUUGCUCCCAGGGAGAAAAAGGGGCGUCGUCCUGCACCUCGUUGGUAUGUAACUGCUGCAGAGAUUGAUUCCUUAUCAUCUUACAUGCGGGGUAGACUUACUUUGGAUAAGGUCAAUAUUGCUGUCAAUGAGAUGGCUGCACAUGCAGAUGCUAAUUGCCAACUUAUCGCACGGGAUAGCAAGAAGCUAUCAGAUGCUGAAUGGGAUAGGGCUUUGGAAUUAAGAGAUAUUGCAUUGUCACCGAAAGUGAAAGGCAAACACUUUCUCCUUGAAGCAGAUAUUAAAGGGCCAGGAUUGAAACUCGACAACACCGGGAAAGCCACCUUAACUGUACUUCGCCAUCUUGGCCGUAUUCAAGAAUUUCGCACUGGCUUGCACCGAGUAAUGAUACUUCUAGAACCUCAGUGAUGGCAUUGCGUACCUCAAGUGCGGCUCAGGAGCCAUAAGGUAGAUAGGAGAUUUUUUACACCUUUGUUAGAACCCAAUCGUUUGAUUUACUGUGCUUUGUUGUUUGUGGUUCAUGUUGCUUUUCACCUGACUUUGCUGUUUCAUUACUAAUUAUUUUAGGCAUCACUGGUUCUUGUGCUGUUGGUUUACUUCUAAAA